CUUAAGCAUAGACGCCAUAUCGCUCAAACCGCCUGCUGAUGUUAAGCUUGCGCUCUUGCCGAUUCCCUCGCUCAACCAGCGCUCUUGUUUCUUAUCGUCGGUCCCUCGCUACUAGGUCCGCUUACUCCCAACAAACAACAAUCAAUACUGGAGCGCAGAGCAAGGGCGCAAUGGACGACAGCGUGAAGUACAUGUUCGGCCCGCACCCCAUCCCCGGCUCCCACGUGUUCGCCCUCACGCCCCUGUCCAUGGGCUUCGUCAACCUCAAGCCCGUCGUGCCGGGCCACGUGUUGGUCAGCCCUCUGCGGCACGUGAAGCGUUUCGCCGACCUCACACCCGAGGAGGUGUCAGACCUGUGGCUGCUGGCCCAGCGCAUCGGCUCCGCGGUGGAGGGCCACUACGGCGCCGCCUCGCUCACACUGGCCAUACAGGACGGACCCAUGGCGGGCCAGACAGUGCCGCACGUGCACAUCCACGUCCUGCCGCGCAAGGCUGGGGACUUCCCCAAGAAUGACGAAGUGUACGACGCCAUAGACCGCGAGUCGGUGCAGUACAAGGCGGCGGCGGCUGCGGCAGGGGCGGUGGUGGGUGAGAAGCUGGACCUGGACAGGGAGCGGCGGGUGCGAGGGCACGCGGACAUGGCGGCGGAGGCGGCGGAGCUGAGGCAGCUGUUUGCGUGAUGCGCACGGGUGGGGAGGGGUUGUUACGUCGUACGAGGGCCCGGGCGUGCGCUAGGCGAAGUGAGUGAGGGUAGAGGGGGAGUAGGUGCCGGGUCCAGCUGGACCGAGAGAGGGGGGGCGGAGAGGGCGUGCGGGGCGGGGGCCGAGCCGCGAGGGGCGAGUGGUGUGGGGGGCGGCAGGGAGCGCGUGAGGUUCGGAGCGGAUGUGGGUGUGUUGUUGGAAAGAGGUUGUGAGACUUCUUGUUGGUGGUGAUGAGGAAGGUGGUGAUGAGGAAGGUGGCAGGACGUGAGGGUAGCGCAGGUGAAGGGGUGAACCUUUGGUGACUCCGUACAGUGUGUGUGAUAUGCUGGGCAGGUAGGUGUGGUGUGGUGGGGCGCCGGGGGUGGCCGCUGUACGGUACCCUGUGGGAUACUCUUGGCCAACGACCUGCGGGAUAGAUACUCCUUACGGGUCA